AGCACGCGUUUAUAACGCACUAAUAGUUGGAGAUGCUUAAGUGCAGAAGAGAAGAGCAAAGGCAUCAUGCGUUUUUAACCCGGAUGGUCUCACCGCUGUUUGCAAAUGAGAGGGGAGAGAAAAAGUUUCCUUCAAGUAAUUAAGGGACUUUUUGUUCUAAAGCAAAAAUCAUGUUCACAUCCUACAUAAAGAGUCUGAAUGAUUUGGUAUUUUCUACGGCUGAAAGUCCUGAAGAGCUGCCGAGUACUGGAGUCUUGGGUCGUAUCGGCAGCUGGCUCUCCCCAUGGAAAGGAAACGUUCCAAAGAGUCCCAAUGAAAACUCAUCCUCAAUUAGUGAUUGGACAGAAGAUGAUGAGGAUCAUGAGGGUUGUGUGAGAACCCGAGCAGGGGACAAGAACAGUAGUCCACUGGGUUUGUUCCAAAGUUUUCUCCCUUUUGAAGAGGGGGACGCCACGCAGUCUGCCCACAGAGACGGCUCUGUUGUGAGCAGCACUCAGACAGGAGAGGGAGGUCCAAAAGAGGAGGAGCUUGUGCAGAGGAGGAAGCUGGGAACAGCGCAGGGUGAGGGGAGGGAGGAGAUCUGUGAGGCUGCAUCGACAAGUGGAAGCCCUGUGAAGAAUGUCAGUCAUCUGACGCAUCUUUCCUCCUUGUCUAAACAGGGAGUGGCGUGGGACUUUGACCAGGCCCACACCCAGCCUGACAAACAAGCAGCAACAGGCAGGAGGCUCCAUGUGUAUCUGGAGGAGACCUGCGUGAUCCAGUGUGGAGGGGACACAUGUGCUGAAAAGGAAGUGGUACGCACAGAAGUAAACAAAAACCUGCCCGUUUUCUCCUGGGCCAAGUCACCGGGUUUUAGUUCCAGUCCAGCAAGAGCAGAAAAAAAUGUGAGGCCUGCAGCCGGGGCACAGAGCUUUUACAGUACUCUAGUGGGAGUGUCACUGAAACCACACAAAGACUCUCAGUCUGAGUCUGAACCUGAUAAAGAACAAACAGAGGCAGACGACAUGGGCCGUAAAAACUCAAACCGAAGGAGAGUCAGAAAAAACUCUCAGGGAGACGGCGGGAAGAGCCCCGAGGAGAAAAAACCAGAGGUUUUCUCUCCAAGCAGCAGCUCAGUGGACAAAGGUCCAAACGCUCACCUUAACAAGGCGUCUGCAGACUCCUGCAAGCACAACCCCACCUUACUGGUCUCACCUGAAAGGGAGGAAAGUGAGAUCUCUUCUGCAGAUAUGGUUAAGUGUUGGGACAACCUCCAGAGCUCCGUCUCAGUCUCUGCAGCCACUCGGGCGCGUGAGGCGGUCGGUGUGGCGGACAUGGAUGAGGACGACAGCUUGUACAGGGUGGAGAGGAAGACAGAGACGCCAGAGUCCAAACGCAGGAGCAUAAAAGUUUCUCAUAGUGAAGUGAAAGUUUUCCCCAAACAGGUACCUUUUACCCCAAAGUGGAGCACAGCAGCAAAACACCAAGAUUUAGUCGCUACAACCAAAAACAAUACAGCUGAAACAAAGGACGGGCCCGAUGGGAGACUUCCUGCUGAGGAGCCCAAAGCUGCCGUUGGCCGGAUUGUGGAUAAAAUCUGCCUCUUUGAGCAGCAGCCAGAUGGGGGUCUCCACAAGAGCAUCCAGACCUCCAGGAGCGCCGACGUGCCUCCGUUCAGGAAAGUCACAGACAGGAUUAAAGUCGACUUUCUUGCGACAGAUCAGAGAUCGAGAUCAGCUGAGGGCUACGGCACGCUCAGGUCCAGCUCUGCAUCACCUGACAAGCAGAAGCCGAUGACGAUCAAAGAGCGUGCCAGGAGGUUUGCAGAGGCGUGCAACUCAGAGGCCAAACCAGCACUGACUCAACAAAUGCCGCCUGUGACAGGAACGACUCCGACAUCCUUCUCGCCUGUUUCAGCUUUAGUAUCAAAGCCGUCAGAACUGGGUAAUCAGGAUGAACUGGAUUGUAAAGAGCCCAUGAUGACGACUAGUAAGUCAGAGAUAACACCAAAACCUGAUGCACUGGAUGGUUCUGCUGUCAGUGGGCAGAUGUCCACCCAAACAGGACAGAUAAUGGACUUGAAGGAAACAGACAGAAAGACAGUUGAACGGAUCCCAAAACUAAACAAUUCAAGUGAUUGUGCAGAUGUGACUAAUGCUUCUCCCUCACAGCCCAAAGGCCGUGACAGAACCAGCUCCCGCUCUAAAAGAAGGAAAAAUAAAGAACCAGCCAGUCCUAUUGGCCAAAACGAUCUAAAUACAAAUAAAACUGAGAAAAAUGAGGUGGAAGAUACAAAAAUGAUGUCCUCAGCUUCCAAAGAAAUACCAGAAGCAAUGGCUGAACCCCCCCCAGGAGAUAAAUCAGGACCUGUAAGCGACACUAAACAGAAGGAUGAAUCAGGCGUGUCUGGCAAGCAGGCCGCUCUGUCGCAGGCUUCAAUCAAAACAGAAAAUACAGAAAUAAUGCAAAACGAGCAGGAGGGACCAGCUAAAUCAUCCGUUAAUGCAGAUGAAACAGAUAUCGCCGCUUGUGGCAGUGGAACAAAGGCGACUGUUGGUCAGGAGGCUGAAAUUUUAUCCAGUAAGGAGGAAAAAUCAGAGGAACACAGCCUGGCAUUCACAUCGGAAAGACUAAAGGCUUCAGUGAGCCGCAGCGAAAUUUCAGCCCCGUCCUCAUUAAUAACCUCCUCAGCCGGAGAGCAUCUCGAGAAGCCUCCUGCUGCAAAGCAGAAGUCGUCCACUGAACAGCCCAAAUUAGCUAAAGAGCUGUCGAUGCGGCCUGAAUCAGAAAGUAAACAAAAGGGAAAGUAUGAAGACGGAACAACGCAGAGAGCUCCAAGCUCAGAGCCGAUGCAUCAAGCUGAGACUGAAGACGUGGUCGAAUUAGAGAUGGUCGGCAGCGGGGAAGCUAAUUACACCGAGAGGGAGGGCACAGAAAACACAGAUAAAAGCUUUGCAAAGGGUGAGGUCUCACACAGGGGACAGAGUUCCUCAGAGAAAGAGGGGAGUGUUGAGAAGGACAAGUCAGAGAAGCCUACAGCUCUCCCCGUUCAAUUACAGAAUGUCAGUGAGACUCGGCCUCCAGAAAAUGCUGCUAUUUGUACCGCCACCCAGACUAAUGAGCCUGUGUGUGGCACAGAGAGUGAUAAAAAGCCCCAGAAGGUAGUGACAGACACGAGCGUGCCUCCUGAGUCACAAUCCACAGAAAGCUCUGGAACAAGAGCGGCAGAGCCCCCUCCUGUUUCUGUUUUGGUGGAAAAGGCCGAGAAUCCUCUGAAUGACUCAUGCACACGUGGAGCUAAUGAUGCCGGGAUCUCCAACACCCAAGCUUUCCCUAAAACUGCAGCAGGAGAUGAGAGAGUGAGUGCAACAGGGUCUAAAGUCACCCCGGUUCGGAAACCUCCUGAGAUCAUCGUCACAGAAUCUAAAAAUUCAAAUUCAAACACUGAACGGCUUCUUGAUAAAUCACCAACCAGUACAGGAGUUGGACAGACCGCUUCUGACAGUCCUUUCUCCGAAUCCCAAGAAAACCGUAGAAAGGAACCAAAUCUGAGCAAGGCAAUGUCUGAGAAAUCACAGAAACCAGAGAGCGGCGUUAGGGAUGCAGAAAAAGUACCUCACAGCUGCUGUGACAGCAUCACAUCGAGCUCCACCGGUAAUGAAACAGACAAGCCAGCUGAGAAAAUAAUCACCCAGCCAGCGAGUGAAGUUUCACCUGUUGCUAAUGGUGAUGUCUCGCCACACUCACGGCUUCACACCACCAAAAAGGAACCAGCAAAUGACAGGAUGAGUCAAACUCCAAAGGCUCCUAUUCAAUUAGAGUCUAAUAAACCGAUUCCAGACUCAACGCACCGUUCAGCCAUGAAGAAGUUCACUUUGCCACAGGAACUAAUGAAAGCUGAUUCGUCAAAAGAGCAAGAUACCCCCUCUAGCUGGCUAGAUUUGGAUCUUCCCAAACGAAAGCUCAAAGUCCCCGAGACUAAACUGACCUCGUCCGGGAGUGAGAGCAAUCUCCUGGACACUUCAGGUGAGCUGGACGACGACGAUUUUGUUGAGAAAAUCAAGAAACUCUGCGCCCCGUUUUCUCUCCCACCGCGUAAACACAACGUGCUCCGGCCGCCCCAGCCUCCCUUUGCAAUGCCGGCCAUCAGAGAGGACCGCUUUGAGAAGCAAUUUGAUCCUGAGGAGUUCACGUUUGGUUUGAGAAAGAAAACCCAGAUGAGUUUAGAAACGACUCCGAGCAUUUUGGCAAAGCUCCAGAGCACAGAGACCAAAUCUGGCCUCUUACCGGCCAGGGUGAGCGUUGCUGACCGGAGCCUGUUGCUUAGCAGUCUGGACAGUCACGCGCACCUUAAAGGCAAGAACCCUGCUAAGGAUGGGGAGGAUGCAAAGGAAGAGAAAGACGAACAAAUAAAGGUGAAGUCUCGCUUGGAGAGGAGCUCUAUCCUCAGCAGUCUCACCUCUAGCAUCAGAGGGAAGAGAAAUGGAGUUCAAACAGAAGCAGAGGACUCUGACAGUGUGAUGCCAGGAGAAGCCCCCCGGCUCAGUCCUCUACCUUCACCCCAGCCGGCCCCGCCAAGCCCGACGACCACAGCUGCAGUCCAAAUCACAAACACACACAGCCGGGAGGAAACCUGGGCAGCAGAAACUGCGGUCAGUGACUCAGGCCCUCCACUUCCUCCUUUUAACGACAUCAAGCUGCCGGACUAUUUAGAGAAGUACCUCCCACAGGAUCGAGCAAAAGCAGGGCAGAGCGUUCAAGGACAGGAUCGAGUCAAAACAGAGUUAACAGAGAAAAUGGCUUCUGGAGUUAAGGGAGACAUGGUUCUAAAGCCGAGUCUUCCUGAAACUACCGCUCCACGUUUUCCUGGGAUUCCUCCAACCACACACUCCACACUUCCUGAUCUCAAACAGCGUUUGACUCAGCCACACAACACACUCAGGGAUAAUAUGAGAACUGUCAAGGGAUUCCACCAGCGCCCAGGAAAGAUGGUGCUGUACGAAAAAGCUCAGUUCAGUGGCCAAACACAUGAGAUUUACGGGGAUGUGGCAGAUGCAUCAUCCCUAGAGCUCUCGCAUCUCAUAUCUGUGAAGGUUGUGAGAGGAUGCUGGCUGCUCUAUGAGAAGCCCGACUUUCAGGGACGGAUCGUCGCCUUGGAAGAGGGGAACACUGAAUUGGAAAACAUGUGGGUUGAACCCGAAACGGAGCCAGACAACAUUCCACCGAUGACCAUUGGCUCUAUCCGACUGGCUGUCAGGGAUUACAGCAUCCCCCACAUCGAUCUUUUUACUGAACCAGAGGGCCGAGGCAGAGUGACACCUUACCACGAUGACACUGUAGAGACGGGCUCAUUUGGCAUCCCGCUGAAUACAGCAUCCAUCCAAGUGCACUCUGGGGUGUGGUUGCUGUUCAGUGACCCAGGGUACGAAGGCAUGGUGUCUGUUCUGGAAAAAGGGGUGUUUCCUGUUCCGGAGGCUUGGGGCUUUCCUUCGCCCUUCGUAGGAUCCCUCAGACCCCUUAAAAUGGGAGGAUUCAAAGUGGAGAAUCCCAAUGAAGUCAAGGCUGUCGUGUACGAGAAGCCUGGCUUUGAGGGCUCCUCUCUGGAAAUCGACAGCGAUGUUUUCAGCUUCUGCGAGGCUGAAGGAGGAGGCAUCGCCGCAGACGGAGCGAACCUUGACACAAACAACCUGAAAUCUGUUGGAUCAUUAAAGAUUAUUGGAGGAUUCUGGGUGGGAUACAGCCAGCCUGGGUUUGAGGGUCAGCAGCACAUCCUGGAGGAAGGAGAGUACCUGGAUUGCAGCGACUGGAGAGGCGCUGAGCUUCUGUCACUGCGACCGAUUAUUUCUGAUUUCUUGUCCCCUCUCAUGAAAAUGUUCUCCGAUAAAAACUUUGGCAAGCUCGGUGUGAACGUUGACCUCACGGCGCCCGUUAUCAACAUGGACGACACAGGCUACGGCAUGAAAACGCAGUCCAUCGAUGUCCUCGGUGGUGUCUGGGUUGUGUUUGAAGAACCAGGCUUCAGUGGCGAGACCUACAUCCUGGAGAAAGGCUUGUAUGGAAGCCCGGAGGACUGGGGGGCGCUGCAGCACAGAGUUGGCUCUGCCAUGCCGGUCCUGCUGGAUGAUUUUGUGAGCACAGACAAGUUUAAGGUGCAGCUUUUCUCCGAUCCGGGUUUUCAAGGCUCUGUCCUUGUCCUGGAGGACAGCGCAGUGUCCCUUCAGGAUGGUUUCUCCGUAGCUUCCUGCAAGGUUCUGGCUGGCAGCUGGCUGGCAUAUGAAAGCCAGGACUUCACAGGGAAGAUGUAUGUGUUAGAAGAAGGCAGCUACCCAGAUCUGAGAGCGAUGGGCUGUGUCAGCAGUGGCUCGUCCAUUCUGUCCCUGCAAAUCGUUGGAUUUGAGUUUUCUCUGCCAUCCAUCACUCUAUUUGAGCGAUGCGGUCUGCGGGGGAAGAGGGUACUUCUCACGGAAGGAUCAGUCAACCUUCAGCUGGCUGGAGGCUGCGGCCGAGUCCAGUCUGUGCUGGUGGAUGGAGGCAUGUGGGUCUUGUACGAGGGAAUCAACUAUCGGGGAGCUCAGAUCCUGCUGAAGCCUGGUGAGAUUCCUGACUGGCGCAUGUUCAGCAGCUGGCAGAAAAUUGGAUCCCUGCGCCCUCUCAUACAGAAGCAAGUUCAUUUCCGUUUAAGGAACCGGCAAACGGGGUUAAUGAUGUCGGUGACCGGCGACCUGGAUGAUGUAAAAAUGCUGCGAAUACACGAAACGGAGGAAACGGAUGGACUGGAGCAGAUUUGGUUCUACUACAAUGGGCAUCUGCACUGCAAGCUAUUGGAAGAGUGCUGCCUGAGUCCCAGUGGCAGCGUCACCAUCGCUGGAAGCCGAGUGGGGCUCACGCCAGGGCUAGACAACCAGACCCACCUCUGGAGCAUGACCUCUAAAGGCUUCAUCCACUACACGCCCACCCCCGACCUCGUCCUGGACAUCAAAGGCGGCUUCAACUACGACAAAAGCCAAGUGAUUCUCAACACACUCGAUCCAAACAAACUACAGCAAAGGUGGGAUGUGGAGAUCAUCUGAGCAGAUGGGAUGAGCCUGUAACGGGACGUCUGACGCAUCGUUUCUUCAGCUGAACUGUUAAAAACUCUAAAAAGGUCAAAGCUAAAGUUUGAAUGGCUCUGAACUUGAAAGACGCUUCAGAUUUUGAAACCUCUGGUAAUAUUUUUGAUGAUAUUUUCAUUGAAUGAACCUGUUUCUACCUGAUAAUUUAAACAGUGUUACGUUCGAGUCUUUUUGAAUGAUGCCAUACUACCGUUUCUUCCCUUGUCUGCAUGCAAUAUGUGCAAAGAGAAUGCAAUUUGCCUUUUUUUGAUGUUUUAAUCACAUCUGUACAACACAGCUGCUUUGUUGUCAUAAAUAAAACUAUUUUGACAAUAA